AUGAAAGCUUUCAUCGAGAAGGAAGCUCAGGAGAAAGCAAAGGAGAUUAGGUUGAAAGCUGACGAGGAGUAUGAAAUUGAAAAGGCUUCUAUUGUCAGAUCAGAAACUGCCGCUAUCGACAGUGCUUAUGAACAAAAAUUGAAGAAGGCUUCCUUGGCCCAACAAAUCACCAAAUCCACGAUCGGCAAUAAGACCAGAUUGAAGGUUUUGGGCGAAAAGGAAAAGAUCUUGGACGAAAUCUUUGAACAGGCGGAAAAGGGCUUGGUGGAAUUGACAUCUAAAAAGGGCGAGUACAAGCCAAUCUUGGAAGGUUUAAUCGAAGAGGUAUUGUACGCACUUUAUGAAGAUGCUGUCGUUAUCAAGGUUAGGGAAGCCGAUGUUUCGUUAGCGAAGGAGGCUGCUGAAGAAGCCGCUAAACAUUUUGAGGAGAAGGCUAAGUUUUCCGUCCUGGUUACUGUUGACGAAGCAAACUUUUUGGACGCCUCCCUUGCGGGCGGUGUCAUCGCUGUUAACAAGACUGGAAAGAUUGAAGUCAACAACACGUUGGAAGAGCGUUUGAAGUUAUUGUCUGAAGAGGCUUUGCCAGGCGUUAGAUUGGAGUUGUUCGGUCCUUCCCCCACUAGAAAGUUCUUUGACUAG